AUUAAAUAUAUAUCACGCUUUCCCCAAAUUUGAUAACAAACGAUUAUUCCCAAUAUAUUUAUAUCACAGUAUCGAGUUUUCUCAACCGAACUACUAAAUCCGGCAACGCCGCUCGAAAUUACACGUUCGACUAUCACGACGCGCAUUUUCAAUUCCAGUAUAACCGAAUGGCGCGAACCGUACACUCGUCGCGUGGUUCUAAGACGAUUACAUGUGCACAACGUAACCAGUUUACAUAACAUUCACGCAGGGCCACAACCUAACCUCACAAACUCAGUGCUGCAUCGCGAAAGGGCCCUAUUACGUAACUGCAUCGUCAUUGUUAUAAUGAAAUAAACGAUGCGGGAGUACGAGGUUCGUAAAACAGAAUUAUCGCAUAAUUACCCCGAUUUUUUAACCUCCCUCGGUACGUAUACGAAACCUAAACUAAAGUGUGACGGUAGAAUUUUACGUAAAGAUACUGAACGUAUUAGAAAAUUCAAAAAAUUACGGAAACCUCGUAAUUAUUAUUUGAAGGAGUUCGGUAAAGCUUUAUUUCGAGCUAUGGAUCAAAAUCGACUUUUGUUUAUGUGUCCUUUAUGCAGGAAAGUGCUCGAAUGUCCGAUGACCGUCGAGUGCGGUCACACUUUUUGUAAGGACUGUAUAGAUUCGGCGGAAAACGAUUUUUUCGAUACUUGUGUUGUUUGUUUGUUGAAAUUAACGUCUCAGAAACGUCGCGUUAAUGUUUUGGUACAACAUCUGGUGGAAAAAUGGAGGGAAAGGAAUAAAAAUGAUAAAAGAAAUGCAAAUGUGGUACCGAAUACGGAAGAUAUAUUAGGCGUGGCGCCUAGGUACCACCUUCGGUCCGGUUACGCGGGACUUCACGUUAAAAAGGACAUGCAGAAUAAGAUAUCGAGUUUGUUGGAGAAAUCCACAGAGAGGUUGUCGUAUAAAAAAGCAAAACGAAAAACGAGAAACGGUGGUAUUUGUGGUACGACUUAUUGGUUUGAAGGACAGCAAGGAUAUGGACACGUUCAGGAAACUCUGGAUAGCGUUUUUAGAGAAGUUGAUGAUAUUCAAGAAGAAGCUCUGAAAACAAGUUGGAGCUGCAUAUUAUCCUGCGACUUAGAAUGCAUCCUGUGCAGCAGAUGCAUUUUGGAUCCUGUGACGACUGGUUGCGGACACACGUUCUGUCGUGGCUGUUUAACCCGAGUACUCGAUCACGGUCUCCCCUGCCCCCUAUGUAUGACCUCCCUCACCAUUUCGGAUUAUUCGAGGGGCUCCACGGAAGUACUACAAGAAGCCAUCAAAUUCCUAGUGCCACAAGACUACAAUGAAAGAUUGGCGAUCAAUUUGGAGGAGAGUUCGAUACUGGACAACGGUACCGAUGUACCGGUGUUUAUUUGUACGAACGCUUUUCCGGGCGUCGCUUGCCCUUUGUACGUUUACGAACCGAAGUAUCGUUUGUUGGCGAGGAGGUGUCUUCGAUCGCCGACCAAACGUUUCGCCAUGGCGGGAAAAGACGCCGGCGGCGAUAAGUUCGUCCAAUACGGCACUUUGUUGGAAGUCAGGGAUGCCGUGAAUCUCGAAGACGGUCGGUUCAUUUUAACGACGGUCGGUGUGCGGAGGUUCAAAGUCGUCAGUAGAAGCGAACAGGACGGUUACGACACGGCACGAAUCAAUUAUAUGAAAGACAACGACGUUCCUACGGAAAAAUUACAAGAAUUGAUUUCUAUACACGAAAGGGUCUACAAUAAAGCUUCCAAAUGGAUAAAAUCAUUGAAACCGAAAGUAUUGGCCGAAGUGGAAAGGCUCAUAGGGAAAAUGCCGAAUGUCGAAAGGGAUUGGUUCCAAUUACCCGACGGACCAUCGUGGACGUGGUGGUUGAUGCCCAUUUUACCACUCAGCUCUCAAUUGCAAGUGGGGUUUCUGAGUACGACCAGCUUGGAGAAACGACUCAGAGCCAUCGACAAGAUGUUGGAGCACAUGAAAAUCCGCAUGAAGGCUUUGGAACGAAACACUGUUGCCUGCCCGCAGGAAAUCGAUUCCAUAGAUUAUUGCGGCGAUAAUGGCGGUUCUUUCGAUAUGCCAUAUAAUAAUUAAAUAUUUAUUGAAAACAACUUUUCGCUAUUUAUUACCGAAACACAUCUUUUUAUCGAAAUUUCGAAAAACAUCAUUAUUGCUGACAAACCCUGUAUGCGAAAAAAUUUAUUUCACACCAACGGUGUACGUUUUGAUUCUAAUUAUUCUUGAACGUACAUUCGAAUCGCGGUUUUGGAUUAACGUUUAAUUUUAUUUUUUUUUUUCUAAUACAGGGUUUCUCGUUAAUACGGAUCGCAAGUAAUUGUUACGAACGUCCGUAUUUUUUCGAAAAUUUCGUAUUGUAUGGUUUUUUUCUCUUCCCAAAAAUUAAUAUUUAUAUCGUACAAUCAUUUUAACAUAGACAAAUUUUUGGAUUCUCUAUACUGUAGUUUUCCUACCAUAGAUAUAGAUAAAUAAUAAAAAAACCUGUAUAUUUAUAUCUAUAUAUAUAUAAUGUGACCAAAAAUCUAUUUAUUUUUCUAAAAAUUUUUUAUUUCCAUAUAUUUUUUUCAAUAUUCGAUAAAACUCGAAAUAUGUCGUCGUGCGCUUGCGUAUUCUUUUAAUUUCUUUCAAAGAUUAGUUUUAAAUAUUAUAAAUUUCAUAUUUAUUUUUUUUCCAUGUGAUAAUAUUUUAAAGCAAUUAUUUAUUAGUUCGGUCAUUAUAUGAAAAACAUUUUCUUAAAUAAACUUUUUAAAUGAA